AACGCAUUCAAGUUGCUUCUUUCACACUCUUCCAGCUCCGAUGGACUUAACCCAAGACUCUCACUACCUCUUGUCGGAGCAGCGCCGCGAGCUCGCCGCCGCGGAGGCCGCCGAAUCCGACCUCGACUUCGCCUUCCGCCUCCAGUUACAGGAGGCCCUCGCCGCCUCCCUCGCCAUGCAACCCUCCUCCUCUUCCUCCGCCGCCGCAAUGAAAGAACCCAUGGUCGUCGACGACGACGGCGGCGCCCUGAGCGCGGCGGCGCUCCAGCGCGAGGAGCUUUCGCGCACGGAGCUCGAAAUGAGGGACCGCGAACAGAGCGAGAUGGAGAUGCGGAAGACGAGGGAGGAUCUGAGCCGUCUGAUCCACGAUCAGAAGGUGGCGAGGGAGAUCUCAUCGAUUCCCGAGAGGGAGUGGGUGCAGUGGGGCGAUAACUUCGAGAAACCGUUCGGCGAGGGUGGUUCCUCUUCCUCGGGAAAUGUAGGGGAAGGUGUGGCUAGGGUUUACUUCAAGGGUUCAGUGAGUGUGGAGAAUGUGAGGGGCGAGAGGGUCGUGUUUGCUGGGAUUGGUGUUGCGAUUUGUGACAUUGCUGGUAAUUCAUUAUUCGAGGUUUCUAAGCCGAUUGCUGGGAGUGGCACUAGCAAGGUCGCGGCAGAGAUUAAGGCUUUGAUUGAAGCUUUGGAUGCCGCCAUUUCUUUGGACUUGAGGCGCGUCGAUUAUUGUUGCGAUUAUUACCCCCUUUUCCAAUUUGUGAAUGGGAAGUGGCCUGCAAGGCAGCGGAAGAUUGCUAUGCUGCUUAAUAAAGUGAAUCUGCUUCAAAGGGAGUUUACGUACUGUAAUCCGAGGCUUGUGACCAGACGUGAUGUCAAGUUUGUGUUUAAGCUUGCAAGAGAUGCGAUUGUGUCUCAGUUCACGAGGCCUCUGGAAUCUGGGAGUGGGAGUCUGAAUGAUACUUGUGUUAUCUGUUUGGAGGAUACUGAUGAGAGUCAGUUUUUUUCUGUUGAUGGUUGUCAACACCGCUAUUGCUUUUCUUGCAUGAAACAACAUGUGGAGGUGAAGUUGCUUCAUGGAAUGGUGCCAAAAUGUCCUCAUGAGGGGUGCAAGUAUGAGCUUCUAGUUGACAGCUGCCAGAAGUUCUUAACACCUAAGUUAAGUGAGACCAUGCGGCAACAAAAAUUGGAAGCUUCAAUUCCUUUUGCUGAAAGAAUUUAUUGCCCUUAUCCAAGAUGCUCUGUAUUAAUGUCAAAAACUGGGGUCAUAGAGUACUCCAGAAAUCUUAUCGGUCAAUCUGAACAAUUAGGGCCCAUGAAAUGCAUAAAAUGUCAUGGUCUUUUCUGUUUCAACUGCAAGGUCCCUUGGCACAGUGGUAUGACAUGUUUUACUUACAAAAGGUUGAAUCCUAACCCUCCUGCAGAAGAUUUGAAGCUGAAGUCUUUGGCAUCAAGGAGCCUAUGGCGGCAAUGUGUGAAGUGCAACCAUAUGAUUGAACUUGCGGAAGGUUGCUACCACAUGACUUGCAGAUGUGGUACUGAAUUUUGUUACAACUGUGGAGCUGAGUGGAAGAACAAAAAAUCAACGUGUGCUUGCCCAUUUUGGGCGGAGAACAAUAUUUGGUUAGAGGAUCAUGAUAGGGAUUUGGAAGAAGAGGUUGAUGAUGAUGGUGAUGUCGAUAGCUCAGAUUAUUCUGAUGAUUAUUAUUAAGUAGCUGGCCAAACAACUAGUAAAUAUUCAGAUAUCCAUAUGUUUAGGAAAAUGCGGGUUUCUCUUAAUAUCUUUCUCCUUAUUUCGGAUUCAUUUUAAUUUUUCUCUCUCAGCCAAGCCUACUCCCCCCUCCUUUUCUUUUACUAAAUAUUACGCAUUCUCAAAAGAUUCCUCCCUCAUUUACUUUGCUAA